CGCGACGGUCAGCAUUCCGAUUCCUUGGCCUGGGACCCAUCGAGAAACUUCGAGUUACGUGACCCCCGACGUCUGGCCUUGGGUUACUGGCACAGGGGCAGCCGCUGCCUACACUGGUAGUUGGUCAUAUUCCAGCUCAGGACAGGUUCAGCCGCCAAGUGCGGCGUCCGUGACCUUCCUUCCGGUCUACAUCAGCCUGCUCGCCAUCUGCGCCGGCCUCAUCCUCCCACUUCGUCUCUAGAACUAGCUCGAUGGCUAGAUCAAUCGCCAGCUCAAUCGCCAGUUCAACGGGGACUAGUGUGACAUUGACCGGCUUGAUCAGCUUAACCAGCUCGACGAGGGUCAGCUCGCUGGAGUCCAUUCCAACGCCCUACUGGAAAACGACCAGCUCGACAACGACUGGCCGGAUGACAAGCAGUGCGAUGCUUAGCAGUUCUAAGAGACCUAGCACCCAUCUGACCGGCCCAACAAUGACUAGUUCGAUGAUGACCAGUUCGACGAUGAUCCUUCCAACGCCCAGCUGGAAAACGACCAGCUCGAUGAUGACCAGUCCGACGACGACCAGUUCCACGACGACCAGUUCCACGACGACCACUUCGGUGGCGACCAGCUCGAUCAAACCCAGUUCAUUGCCGACUAGCCCAACACCGACUGGCUCGCAUACCGGUUCGACUUCAAGUGGCUCAAUGACAGCCAGUUCGAAUGUCAGCAGCUCUACAUCACAUAGCUCUACUGCUACAUCACAGACCAGCCUGAACACUGGCCAUACAACCUCUUUAUCUUCCACCAUGACCACGAAAGCCAUCAAAACCACCCAGCCUACUACUUCAACUGGAUCCUCGACUCGACCUACACAAGUAUCGCCGACCGAGACAGUCCACAUAGCACCUAACGUCGACGCAGGACGCGGUUGUUUUGAUGACGUUCCACUUUCCAUGGCCGCUAUAUGUGGGCUCAUCUCGUUCACACUGGCUCUGGUCUAAACCAUGCCUAUCCAUUGCGAAUGAUUAACCUUUACGAGUUAUGUUACAUUUCUACGAUCAUUGUGAGGCGACGUUAUGCGACACGAUACAACCAAGACUAAUGAUGCACGACCUUUUAUGAAUAAUUGCUUCCUAUGUAUAUGAAUGACGACCUCGGGUUGAUCUUGUUGAUAUUUUCUAUUGGAUAUGUAUAAUGUCAGUGGGGCAGCCAUCAACAUGCUGGCGAGAGUGUUGGAUUUAAACUUAAGAGCCCGUGGCCUAGACACUCCUAGAUAGCAGUAACCCUAAAGAGCAUCUCCGAGACGUGAUACGCUGCAACCAG